CCCAGUCCUGCAUUCAUUUUUCUCACUGAUCAUUACCGAGCAUAUCCCUAGCAUACAAAGUGCAAGCGACCGUACCUGCCUGCCUAGUUAUCCACUGAUACCCGCACAUCAGUUGGAACUACGCACUAUUCAUUGGAGAUCCACCGCUAAGUGCGUGAACGGUUCUGGACCACAGACUGGCUUUUGAAAAUCGCCGAAAGUACAUUGUAUGCGCACAAAUCGAUAGGUGCAACGUUAUCUGCGCCUAAUAACGGAACUCGGCGCGUUACAGAUUACUGCGAGUCGAGUGGUCCGUCCUGAAGUGCCCAACUAGUCUCGCAGCAGUGCCCAAACCAUACAAAACACUAUGAACCCCUUUCACGAUGCUGGCCCCUCUCGCCAGAACUACCUCGAAGCAGAAGAACAAAUGUCUGCCACGCCUAGCAGGAAGCGUGUAGGCUGGAGCUCAGAACCCUCUGCUAGUCGCUCAGUCCAAUCGCCCGAAGACACUGGCUCUGCGGGGCACAACACGCCCCUCGAACGCUCAGAUGUAUCACAUGACGACCUUCAAAAGAUCCGGGCUUCACUACGACUAGCCCUUGGAAACGAAAACCUCCCUGAAGAAGUCAUCCAGGAACCUGUUACAUCAAAGGACGUACAGAAACCUCGUCCAGCUAUACGGAAACCCGGUCCUCGAACACCUCCACCAGAGUUCUACCUCAAUGACCAGCCUAAUCCCUUUGACGAGAAUGCCCCAUCCAGGCAGUCAUCAAUAGGCAAAGACCUCAAAGAGCGGUCUGGCCUUGCAGCUCAACGUCGUGCAGCAAGACUAUCCAAGUCGGUCGGUACAUACUCUGCUCCUGCAUCACGGCGUAACUCCAAUGAGCUCACCUCACCGCCGGUUGAGCUCCAGAGCAUGUCACAGCAGCAUGAGUCAGUGGGAGAAACAACUGAUGAUGAUGAGGACGAUCCUCGCUUCAUGAAGCGCGCUUCCAUGAUCCUUCGACAACAUACCAUCCGAGAAGCCAACAACCAACCUCCACUGAUCCCAGAAGACCUCUACCACGAUAUUAAAACUCCACUUCAAUCCGGCCAGGUCACACCAGAUGCGUUGGAAAUUGAGGAUGAGCGUGUGGUUCGACCCACCAAAUACCGCACAGGAGUGCUUGGUACCUUGAUGAAGAUGUCAAGUAACGCUGCAGCCCCUCCAGCUGGCAAGAAAACUCUUCACCGAAGUCUCAGUACGGGCACAUUCAGCGGUGCUUCGACUGCAGCCAACUCCCCGAACCCUUCACCGCCCGUCUCCGGAUACUCCACUCCACGUGGAGGUCGCUCUUGGUUCCGAAAUCAUCAUCACAAUCAAUCAGUUGUGUCCGUCUCCCAAUUGGUUGGAGCAUCGGCGCAUAGCUUUGCUACCCCUGCGCAGAAAGAGCUCGGCCAGGAGUUGGAUGAACAAUACAAGAAGACCCGCCCUGGCAUGGGAAAGCGGUCCAAAUCGGACGAUUCCAUAUUGCCGUUCAAGAGGAAUAGGAAAAAGGAAGAAGAGAUCAGAAUCAAAAUCCACCUCGCUGGUACUUUGGCGCGCCAGAACUAUCUCCGCAAGCUUUGUAAGGCGCUCAUGAUGUACGGUGCGCCUACACAUCGUCUGGAAGAAUACCUGAGCAUGUCUGCUCGUGUCUUGGAGAUUGAGGCACAGUUCUUGUACAUGCCCGGCUGCAUGAUCAUCGCCUUCGAUGACUCCUCGGUCCACACUAGUGAAGUCAAGCUUGUUCGUACCAGUCAGGGUGUCGACCUUGGCAAGCUUCGCGACGUGCAUGAAAUCUACAAAGAUGUCGUUCACGACCGCAUCAAUGUUGAAGAAGCUACACCGCGUCUUGAUGCCAUCAUAAAUCGCAAGGCCAAGUUCAACAAGUGGCUUAGGGUACUGCUGUAUGGAUUGGCGUCUGCUACAGUCGGGCCAUUUGCCUUCCAGGCUCGGUUCAUCGAUCUUCCCUUUUGCUUCCUGCUUGGUUGUAUCAUUGGAUGGUUGCAACUCGUUGUCGCCCCAGGCAAUGACCUCAUUAGCAACGUUUUCGAAAUUGGCGCAUCAGUCAUCACCAGUUUCGCGGCGCGGGCCCUUGGGUCUAUCCGACACGAUGGCAAGGAGAUAUUUUGCUUCAGUGCCAUGGCGCAGUCCAGCAUUGCCCUUAUUCUACCCGGUUUCAUGGUUCUCUGUGCCUCGCUCGAGUUGCAGAGUAAGCACAUUGUCGCUGGCUCAGUUCGCAUGGUCUAUGCAAUCAUCUACUCCCUCUUCUUGGGAUUCGGCAUCACCAUCGGUUCAGUCUUGUAUGGAAUGAUGGAUAAGAACGCAACCUCGCGCACAACAUGCCACGACCCUAUGUCGACAAACUUUUACUAUCUUUUUGUUCCCGCGUUCGCGAUUUGCCUUCAGAUUGUCAACCAAGCCAAGUACAAGCAGAUGCCAUCAAUGAGCAUCAUUGCAUUCAUUGGAUGGAUUGUCAACUUCCAAAGCUCCAAGUACUUCAAGAGUAACGCGCAAGUCAGCAACACCCUAGGCGCUCUUGCCAUUGGUAUUGCGGCCAACGUGCAUGCUCGCUUUGGUCGUCACAUUGAGAACUGGUGUCUUGAUACAUGGGAGAUCAAGAUGCGGCCUCACUUCGUGAAGUUCCGUAAGAUGUACCUCAGGAAGAGUCACGGACCGCUUCGCACCCACAAGGUUGAGCGUUCAGCUUACGACCCUACACACACCAGCAGUGGCCACACUUCAAGGGCUAGCUCCAUCAGUGAGUUCACGCCUCACACUCGCAAGAUUGGCUACGGGUUGGCCGCUGCUGCCAUGCUGCCUGCCAUCUUUGUCCAAGUCCCCUCUGGUCUCAGUGUGCAAGGGUCGCUUGUAUCUGGUCUUAUAUCGGCGGAUCAAAUCGUGCGCAACAGUACUGGAAACGCCACGAUAAUCAGCGGUGCAGAUGUUGGCAUGGGCAGUUCUAUCAAUUCUAUCGCACUCGACGUCGGUUUCUCGGUCGUGCAAAUUGCGAUUGGUAUCACCGUUGGCCUUUUCCUUGCGGCGCUCAUUGUGUACCCGCUUGGCAAGAGGAGGUCGGGUCUGUUCAGUUUCUAGAACAGUCGUGUUUGGUUGAAGAGUUUGUUUAAAGCAUAGUUUUGCCUACGGUGGUCAUAGUAGAGGCUCACUCUACCAUUUUUGUUCAAAAAGCAAGCGAGUCAUGCAUUUACAUGGAGUUUGGAGUUUCUUUUCUUGUUGCCCACUUCCAACGACGCAACGAGUGAACAAUAAAGUUAGAUAAUACGAUUCAACACCCAUUUUUCCACUACACACAAUGCAUGCAUCAUUUCUGCAC